GCAUCAUGGCGUCAUUAGCCAGCUAAACAGAUUUACAGUAUUUGAAGAAAGGGAGGGUUAUCUGACGGUUCAUCUCUAACAGUUAAGCGUCAUAAGUUUGUCAUUAGUUUAACUCAAGUAAUGAAAAAUACACAUAUUUUCCACAAAAAAUAAGUUAUGGAUAUAUGCAACGGGAGGAGGCGAAAAAUAAGAACCCCAAGAAGUCUGAGGGCUUACAAAAGGCUGGUUGAAGCACAGAACGCUACCGCCAACAUGACGAAGCGGGAGGUGAAACGAGAGAUGUGCAAAGUCCUGAGGUCGCUAGCGGUAGAGAACAACAACGUGGACAUCGAUGUCCCCAUGGAGGAGCACUGUUUCUCUAUGAACUUUAGUAAGAACGAGAACCUCGAGGAGCAUGCCAUGGUUAUGGCACCACGUUACAGUCUGUUGCGAGAGGUCGGAAGGGGCAGCUAUGGGGUAGUGUUCGAGGCAAUUGCACGGAGGACAGGGGCAAGGGUAGCGGUUAAAAAACUCCAGUGUAACGCUCCUGAAAAUGUGGAACUCGCCCUGUCAGAAUUCUGGGCUUUGGCAAGCCUGGAGAAGAAGCACGAGAAUGUGGUGCAGCUCGAGGAAUGUGUGCUACAAAGGAAUGGAAUGGCCCAGAAAAUGAGUCAUGGAAAUAAAAGGUCAAAACAAUACCUGCGGUUGGUGGAGACUUCGCUAAAAGGUGAGCGAAUUCUGGGCUAUCCGGAGGAGCCGUGCUACCUAUGGUUCAUCAUGGAGUUCUGCGAAGGCGGGGACCUGAACCAGUACAUCCUUUCGCGACGGCCUGAUCCGCGCACCAACAAGAGCUUCAUGCGCCAGCUGACCAGUGCCGUGGCCUUCCUGCACCAGAACAACAUUGUGCACCGCGACCUCAAGCCUGACAACAUCCUCAUCUCCCAGAAGUCAGGGUUGCCUGUCCUCAAAGUGGCUGACUUCGGCCUCAGCAAGGUCUGCGCAGGCUUGGGCAAAGAUGGCAAUGAGGACCCCAAAGCUGGAGGCGACAGAAACAACGUGAACAAGUUCUGGUUGUCGUCAACAUGUGGCUCAGACUUUUUCAUGGCGCCCGAGGUGUGGGAGGGCCACUACACGGCCAAGGCUGACAUCUUUGCCCUGGGAAUCAUCAUCUGGGCCAUGCUGGAGCGGAUCACCUUCAUCGACGCCGAGUCCAAGCGUGAGCUGUUGGGCACCUACGUGCGUCGGGGCACUGAGAUUGUGCCAGUGGGUGAGGCGCUCCUGGGGAACCCCAAGAUGGUUCUCCACAUCCCGCAGAAGACACGCAGCACCAUGUCUGAGGGGGUAAAGAAGCUUCUGCAGGACAUGCUUGCGGUCAACCCCCUGGACCGGCCCGACGCCUUCCAACUGGAGGUGCUGGUGAACCUAGUCACGUGUUCUGCGUGACACCGCUCCCCUCCCAUUCCCCUUUCUAAACCAUGGCCAGUCUGCUUUUUUUUACCAGAUGUUUACUAACUCAAUGUGGGAUCCCAAGUCUGUACAGAGGUGGAAAAAGGGACUCUGAUCAUCUCUGAACUUUAAAACCUCUGUGAUUGAGGUCAGCACUUCAAAAAUCAGGACACCAUCUUAGGAAAAGCUAUGCAAUCAAAUGGUAUGGAAAGUCAGGUUCUCUCCCCGCAUUUUCUAUUUUAAAUUUGGAACGUUGUCACCAAAAGCCGAACGACAUUCACCAAUGUGUGAUGGUCAGCUAUGCCAGAACACACCUUGCACACCUGGUUUGAAAUGGCCUGAAGGAGUAAUCAUGAUUAAGUUAUGUUUAUAUUUGAUGUGCUGGUGUGCUGGUCUUCAAAAUACAAUAUGUUUUUUUUCUUUGGUCCAGUUAUGGACGGGUUCUUCCUUCUCCUCCAAUGUUGACAUGUGUUGUUGGAUGGGGCCACAGGCUAGUAUGGAUGGAUCUGUCAUGUAUGGACUGAGAGGCUAACAUGUUGCACUAUGGACCCUCUAUGCCAGAGGUUUAAAAAGUAUUCCUAAAAUGAUGGAUGAUAAUGAUGUAGAAGAAGGGACUCAAUUUCUAUCAUAGAAUUUGUUCUAGACAUGUUCUGGACAUGAACGUUCUUAUGAUGGGAUAAAUGUCAGACAUUUUUGUCAGGGAGUUGAUCAACCAUGGUUUGACAGUACUAUGAUAUUAUGAAAAUAGAAUUUAACUGCACUGCUGACAAACACAGUGUAGAUGCAAUAACGUAUCUGCACUGUCUGUUUAUUAGCCAGCCAGAUUUAGACCACUUUUAAAGCAUUUAUGGAAUAAUUUAACUGCCAAUAAUUACCCUUCAAUGUACAUGUAACCAGAUCUGAAAUCCCGACCUACAGUUGGUCAUGCUCCCAUGUAGGGAAAUAGUUUGUUGUUGGUCUUGGCUAGCUUAAUGUUCUGGUUGAUAGCACUCACUCUAUGUAUGUAACCUUUAUUUCUUCAGGGAGUCACACUGAGACAAAGGGCUCUUUACAGAUGAGCCCUGAAUUACAUCAAUUACAGAAAAUACACAUCAAAAUGCGAGCAGAAAGACAUUAAUAAACAAACUCAAUCAUCAGUGAUGAGGUCUUCAUGCAAGGUAAUUGUUAUGUAAUGACAUACGGUCAUGUGGCUGCUAGCAUCGGCAUGAAAAGGGGCUUGAGGGAAGCCCUACAAUAUUAAGUAGUGAGAACACUCAGGAGCAGGCAAUGUUGAAAAGUAAUCUUUAGACGUGUACUUUGCUUAAAUUUAAUUUUGUAAUUGACUAAAACAAGCAGACAAAAAUAAAAUUGUUUGAAAAAGGCCCAAGUAUUUGCUGUGAGCCAAUGGGGUAACCUAGGUAACCACAGGUUGUUUUCCCCUCAUGCAGGCUGGGUUGUGAUGUUUUAUUCUAAUAACAAAUGGGUCUAUUUAAGCAAUACGGCACCUCAGGGGUUUGUGGUAUAUGGCCUAUAUACCACGGCUAAGGGCUGCUCUUAGUCGUAACGUGGAGUGCCUGAACACAGCCCUUAGCUGUGGUAUACUGGCCAUGUACCACAAACCCCUGAGGUGCCUUAUUGCUAUUAUAAACUGUUUAUCAAUGUAAUUAAAGCAGUAAAAAUAA